AUGUGGUCUUGGUUUGGAGGCCUGGGCUCAGGCUUAGGCCACUUCUUGGGUCAGUUGGGGAGCAGCUUGGCUUCCCUCACUGGCAUUAUCUCCAGCUUCACCAGGGAAAUGCUUCUGGAUGACUUAGGAGACCUAGAAGCAGCUUUUCCUCAUUGUUGGAGAAAGAAAAUCGAAGCUACUGAUUUCACACUAAGAUGUGAAAAUGAAAGACUGAAAAAGUAUUGUACUGUUCUGGAAGAAAAGCAUGAAGCAUCAGAGCUGCAAAUAAAGCAUCAGUCUGUAAGUUACCAAGAUCAACUGCAACAGAAAGAGGUAGAGAUCAGCCAUCUUAAAGCAAGACAGAUUGUACUGCAAGAUCAAGUGUUCCAACUACAGGCAGCUGCUCAAUCAGUACCUUCAGGAGCUUGUGGUGUACCAACAACAACUGCACCUGCUCCAUUCGGUUCCUGGACCAGUAGUCAUUUUUCAGCCUUUCCUGAUGAUGACAUGGACUUUAGUGACAUAAUUUUAUCACAACAAGAAUCAAACAGAUUGUCAAUUGAAGUUGCAAGGCAUGAAUCUGAAGUUGGCCACUCAAAGCAGAUUGUGGAGGCUCAGGGAACAAAUCAUUCUGACACAAGUGAAACCUGCAAAGUACAAAAUACUAUCAAGAUUCUUCAACCAAACCAAAGUCCAGACAUAGAUGAUCACCAGCAUAAAAUGUCAGUUUUGGAGCAGAGUUCUACUGUGGCAGAAAAGGAAAAAAUCCUUUCACAGAGUUCAGCAGUGGAAGAAGUGUUCAGGCUACAACAAGCCCUGGCUAAUGCAGAGAAGGAAAUCAUGAGACUAAAUGGUUUAAACAAGGAUAACCGUCUUGCUGAAGACAAUCUGAAGCUUAAAAUGCGUGUUGAAGCUUUAGAAAAAGAGAAGUCAUCAUUGAGUCAAGAAAAAGAGGAACUUCAGAUGUCACUGUCAAAAUUGAGCUGUGACUAUCAAGUCAUGAAAAACAGAGCUUCAACAGACAUGAAUUUGGAUGUACAAUUACAAGACUUAAAACUUCACUUGAAGGCAAAGGAGGAAGAACUGAAUCAGACUAUCAAUGAAAAGAAAAUGCUGAUAGCUGAGUUAGCAGAACUGGAUCAUCAGAAUCAGGAAACAACAAAGAACAUGAUUUUGAUACAAGACGAGCUAUCCAAACAACAAAAUGAAGGAGACCUUGUCAUCAAGAAGUUGGAACAAGAUCUAGAUGAUGAAAAAAAGAGAGUUCAUCAACUUGAGGAUGAGCAAAUGAAUAUAUCCCAAGAGUUGCAUGUGCAGAAGGAGAAGUUAACUGAGAAUGCACAGAGCCUCAGGGAUUUGCAUUUAACUAAGCAGAAGCUUGAAGGUAAAGUAGAAGCUUUAGUAGGUCAGCUAAAUCAGUCACAAAAAAAUAGUUUAAACAUCCAGCAGGAAAACCUUGGGCUUAAUGAACACAUUAGACAAAUUGAAGAUGAGCUGUCUGGAUUUAAGAGUAAGAUCCGAAGUUCUUUGAAUGAAGACUCUAACAGUCAUUGUAAGGAUGACUUGUUUAAAGAAUGGGAAGCUGAAGUUAGCAAUUUAAGGCAAAAUUUUUCUGAAGUAGAACAGCUCAAUGAAAAUUUAAAGAAAGUUGCUGUUGAUCUCAAAAUGGAAAAUGAAAUGUUGAUUUUAGCACGUGAAGAUGUAAGGCAUAAGUUGGAAGAAUCUGUUGCUGCUAACAAUCAAAUCUCUCAAGAAAAAGACACUAUCACAGAGACCCUAAAAAGAUACAAAGAAGAGAUAGAAGCCAAACUGCACCAGGCAGAAAAAAGACUGUUGGAAGAAGCAAAUAAUCACAAGCAGACUAUUCAGGAACUCUCCAAUGCACAUAAUUUGAAUACCUCUGCCUUAAAGCUGAAACAUGAAUGUGUAGUGCAACUCAAUCAAAAGAAGGACUUUUAAAUAGCAGGACUCAAAAAGAAUAUUGAGCAAAUGACUGCUGUUCAAAAAGAAACUGAGGAAAUUUUGGCAUCUCAUAUAGAAGAACAGAAGCAAUUGCUACAAGUUAUAAAUGAGAAACAAGUUUUUAUUGAAAAACUCAAAGAAAAAAGUUCAGAACUCCAAAAGGAUUUAGAUAAGUGUUCUCAGGCCUUAGGAGAAAAUUAAACUUUAAGGCAAACCAUUGAAGGAAAGGACAGAAGUCUUGGCUCCAUGAAAGCAGAAAACAACCAUCUGCAAGAAGAACUGGAAAGACUCAGGGAACAGCACAAUCAAGCUGUACCUGUGGCUGAGCCUAAAACCCUUGUUGCUAUCACAGAACUAGAAUUGGAGGUAUGUCAAGUGAAUAUAGUAAAAAAAAAUCAUCUGGAAGAUGAAAUUAAACACUAUCAAAAGAUAAUUACAAAUAAAAACAAGCGUAAAAUGCGACUACUUCAAUCUUUACAGGAGCAGAAAAAAGAAAUGGAUGAAUUUAAAUACCAAUAUGAGCAGAUGAAUGCUGCACAUAGCCAGUUAAUUUUAGAAAAAGAGGAGGAGAUUAAGAACUUGCAGAAAACUAUUGACCAAAUAAAAGCCCAGUUGCCUGGAAAAAGAUGCGAUGCUUCAACAGAGAAAUCUGAUAUUUUUCCAGAGACCAAAGUUGAAAGCCUUAAUGUAGAAAGUGGCAGUGAAAAACAUGACCUGUGGAAAGUAAAGGAGUUGUUGAAGCAAGCAGUAAGAGAGCUGAAGGAGAGAAUACUGAUUUUAGAAGUGGACACUUGUACACUCAAAGAAAAUGAAAACAUAAGAGAAACAUGCAAAGAAAAGGAAAGGGAGUAUCAAUCAUUGCAAGAGACAAACUUGAAGUUAUCAGAGAUGCUGCGAGAAAAAGAAUUGGAAUGUCAGUCAAUGAAAGAGAAAGCUCUUGCCUUUGAGCAGCUGUUGGAAGCAAAAGAAGAGGGAGAAGCGGGGGAAUUCAGCCAGCUUUCCAAUACAGUUGAGUCAAUGCAGGAGAAGACAGCUACGUUUCAGCAAGAACGAAACCAAGUCAUCCUAGCACUAAAACAAGAGCAGAUGGAAAACAGUGCCCUCCAGGAGGAGGUUCAACGCUUACAGGACCAAGAAUUACUCUUUAACCGGGAGCUAGAAAGGCUAUGCAGCCAUCUCUUGGAAUCAGAAGAGUCUUACACCCAGGAAAUUUUGGCUGUAGAAGACAAAGAGAUUCAACUGAGACACAAAGUCACACUCUUGGAGGAGAAGCUAGUUGCAUCUUCUAAGGCAAGUCACCAAGCCAGUGUGCACACAGAGUCAGUGCAACAGUUGAGUCUGGUCUCUCAACAGAGGGAUGAGAAUGCACUGCAGCUUUCGCUCUCCCAAGAACGAGUCAGGCAGUGUGCCCUGUCAUCAAGUAACCUGAAAAGGGUUCUAGAGCACUUCCAAGAAGAAGAGAAAGCUCUGCAUUCUGCUGAAUUAGCCAAAGGAAAACAGUCAAUAGCUGAAUGGAAGAACAAGGCCGAAAAGCUAGAAGGAGAAGUAUCAUCACUGCAGGAACAUUUGGAUCAAGUGAAUGCUCUGUUGGAUUCUGCUUCCAGACUGAGAGAAGACUUAGAUCUCAAGGAAGAACAGAUGGAAGAACUGAAAAAACAAAAGGAGCCCCGAAAAGAAAUGUUGGACCAUGCACAACAGAAAUUGUCGACUUUGGUCAACAGCGCAGAAGGAAAAGUGGACAAAGUCCUCAUGCAAAACCUUUUUAUUGGUCAUUUCCAGAUACCAAAAGGCAAACGUCGUGAAGUGUUACAGUUGAUGGGGAGCAUCCUGGACAUUCCAAAAGAGGAAAUGGAGCAGUUGUUGAAUGAAGAUUAUGGUGGUGUUACCAAGUGGAUGAGUAGUUGGCUAGGAGGGACAUCAAAAAGUGUCCCCAACAUAACUUUGAGACCAAAUCAAUAACCUCAACAACCUGUGCUUAACAGUUCUUUUUCAGAACUCUUUCUCAAAUUUCUGGAAAUGGAAUCUCAUCCCUCUGUCCCACCACCAAAGCUUUCCCAUUUCUCCAUGGACUGUCUAGACUCACCAGGAAGGAAAGAGCAAGGUGUAAAUGUACCAGGAAAUAUUAAAGAUGCACCCGAAUUCAGAGCUGGCAGAAGCACCAACAGGAAUCCACGUUCUGCAGCUGUGCCUCUUAGUAACCUAGAAGAAGUUGGACUUGAUGGACCUGGGCAUCCUCUUUUUAAACCCAUCGCAGAUUUCAUGCCCACCUUUACACCAUUGCCAGUGUUCCCAGACAUUAGUGCCAGAGUUGUACUCCAGGAUCUUCUAAAUAUUUAGCAUUUUAAAGAAGCUAUAAGACUUUUUGAUGUUUUACAUCAUGGCCUUUUGGAAAAGAACUCU